UGUUAUUGGAAGUUGCCAAUCCAGCAGCCUUAAAAUUUGCCAUGCAAAAUUUUGUUUUUACAGUGCUGAACAUUUGACCUUUUCUACAUCAUACUUCCCACACACUUUGUUGCAUCAGAAACUUCUGUUUUUCCAUGAACAUUUUGAAUAUUUGAUUUGAGGCGGUUUGAAAUUCUUCUACAAAGAUCAAGGCUUAAAUCUUACGCCAUUUUGUUUUACAAGCUCCUAAGAAUUUUGCAUGGUAUUCUAUGCUCAAAUCAGACUUUUCGCUCUCUUUCUUUGCAAGUCCAUGCAGCAGCCUACAGUUUUACUGUACAUCUAAACGUGCCCUGUUGGUGGCAGUAUUAAGGCUGCAGUGGUGGGAUUUGGGAUGGAGGAUUUGUGUGUGUGUGUCUGUGUGUGCCUGCGUGUGCCUGCGUGUGCCUGCAUACGUAUCAUAGCCCUCCCCCGCCAUCGCUGAGUGGGUGGAAUCUAUUGGUUUAUUUGUCGUGGUAGGCUGCCAAUCACAGCUGCUAGUGUGUGUAAUGCCCUCCUCCAGGGUAUGUGCUGCUUUGUGAGGCAGAGAGGUAAUCAGAACACUGCGUAUAAAAGACUGCAUGAGCCGGGUGACUGAGGAGAGGAGGUGAUAGAGGGAGGCAGUUUUUAAGGGACAGCAGAAGAAUACAGUUGCUUACGGAUUGCAGGAGGAGUCAUGUUCGCUGGUAUUGAAGGCCGUAACCCGCAUCGACUCACUGAGAGGAGCACUCAUGAGCUGUAUUACCUAAAAAUGCAAAGGGAGAGAGAACAAGUGGAGAAGAUGGAAAAUAAUGGCAAGCGGAAGCUGAAGGUGUGCGUCGCUACCUGUAACCGUGCUGACUACUCCAAGCUGGCACCAAUUAUGUUUGGUAUGAAGGCCAAUCCAGAGAUUUUUGAGCUGGAGGUGGUGGUGCUAGGAUCUCACCUUAUUGAUGAUUAUGGAAACACAUUCCGUAUGAUCGAACAGGAUGAGUUUGACAUUGGCUCCAAGUUGCAUACGAUUGUGCGUGGGGAGGAUGAGGCAGCCAUGGUGGAGUCUGUUGGCCUUGCGCUGGUCAAGCUGCCUGACGUCCUCCAGAGGCUUAACCCAGACGUGCUGAUUGUCCAUGGCGACCGAUUCGAUGCCCUGGCCCUGGCUACUGCGGCAGCCCUCAUGAAUAUUCGUAUCUUGCAUCUGGAGGGAGGAGAGGUGAGUGGCACUAUAGAUGAUUCCAUCCGACAUGCCAUAUCCAAGUUGGCCCACUACCAUGCCUGCUGCACACGUAGUGCUGAGCGCCACCUCAUCGCCAUGUGUGAGGACCAUUCCCGGAUCCUCCUGGCCGGCUGCCCCUCCUAUGACAAACUGCUGGAUGCUCACCACCGUGAUGACUAUGCUGAUAUCAUCAAGGCUUGGCUGGGAGAUGGUGUCAAAGAGCAGGACUACAUCGUAGCGUUGCAGCAUCCUGUAACAACCGACAUUAAAAACUCCAUAAAGAUCUAUGAGCUGAUGCUGGAUGCUCUUAUCUCAUUCAACAAGCGGACAUUGGUUCUCUUCCCCAACAUUGAUGCUGGCAGUAAGGAGAUGGUACGUGUGAUGCGCAAGAAGGGUAUUGAGCAGCAUCCCAACUUCAGGGCCGUAAAGCACGUUCCCUUUGAGCAGUUCAUCCAGUUGGUGGCCCACGCGGGCUGCAUGAUUGGCAACAGCAGCUGCGGGGUGCGAGAGGCAGGGGCCUUUGGAACACCCGUAAUCAACCUGGGCACCAGGCAGACUGGUCGAGAGACAGGGGAGAAUGUUCUCCAUGUCAGAGAUGCGGACACUCAGAAUAAAAUAUACCAUGCGCUGGAUCUACAGUUUGGGAAGCGAUAUCCCUGCUCCAAGAUCUACGGUGAUGGAAAUGCAGUUCCACGCAUCCUCAAGUUUCUGCAGUCCAUCAAUCUGGAUGAGCCGCUGCAGAAGACCUUCUGUUUCCCAACAGUAAAGGAUUGCAUUUCUCAGGAUAUUGACCACAUUCUGGAGACCCAGAGUGCCCUUGCUGUGGACCUGGGAGGCACUAACUUGCGUGUAGCCAUUAUCAGCAUGAAGGUACCCUACAGGUCUUUUAGAGACAACACCUCAAGUCAAACUCACAGUCAGGGUAAAAUAGUGAAGAAGUACACCAAAUCAAACCCUAAGACCUAUGAGGAGAGGAUAGAUCUCAUCCUACAGAUGUGCAAAAAGGCCCUCGAUGAUGCUGUGGGUCUGAACUGCAGAGUCCUUGGAGUUGGUGUGUCAACGGGGGGCCGAGUCAACCCCCAGGAAGGUGUGGUCCUCCACUCCACAAAGCUGAUUCAGGAGUGGAGCUCCGUGGAUAUCAGGACUCCCAUUUCCAACGCGUUGCACCUACCUGUGUGGGUGGACAAUGACGGGAAUUGUGCUGCCUUGGCUGAGCGGAAGUUUGGUCACGGAAAAGGCGUGGAGAACUUUGCUACCAUUAUCACAGGAACAGGUAUAGGUGGUGGGAUUGUCCAGCACAACGAGUUGAUCCAUGGUAGCACAUUCUGUGCAGCAGAGCUCGGCCACAUUAUGGUGUCUUUGGAUGGACCAGAGUGCACGUGUGGUAGCCGUGGCUGCAUUGAGGCGUAUGCAUCCGGUAUCGCCCUACAAAGAGAGGCCAAGAGACUCAAUGAUGAAGACCUGUUGUUUACAGAAGGAAUGGCUUUAAAGAAAGAAGACCCAGUCAGCGCCAUCGAUCUGAUCAAUGCAGCUCGUUUAGGAAACUCCAAAGCUGACGCAGUACUGAGAACAGCUGGCGCAGCACUGGGUGUUGGCAUCACAAAUAUUCUCCACAUGGUGAACCCGUCCAUGGUGAUUCUCUCCGGCGUUCUGGCCUCCUUCUACGAAAGUCCUGUGCGGCAGAUCAUCAGUCAGCGCGCUCUCACCUCUGCGAAGGACAUCCAGGUUUUGACCUCUGACCUGGAGGAGCCUGCCUUGCUGGGCGCUGCCAGUAUGGUGCUGGAUUAUGCCACGCGCAGGACUUACUGAGCGUCCCUCCUGGGAAGGCUGUUCUACGGCCUCGGCCUCACCCUCCAGACCUCUAUAGGAGCCCAAGGCUGAGAUGGCUCAAUACCCUGACCAUGCCUUCUACCUAAACAAAUGCAAAUGUAUGACAAAACGUCUGAAUUUUCUCUUAGAUGGAUAGCCUUUUUAUCUUUUGUUUUUCACCUGAAACCUUACCUGUUCUUCUUUUACUUAGUGCACCAAAUGCGUGCACAGUGGCUGCCAACUGUUUUCUAGCAGAGGGCUCAUUGCUUAAACAAUGGUUCUUGCAGUUGCUUCUGCUGUGUACAGUGACUGAUGACCAUUUACAAUUGUAGUCACCUGCUGUCUUUCAUUUAUUUGUCUGUAAAAAUAUUCAGUCAGCAUUUAGUAUUGAUUAUAUAUGCACUGAUGGUUGAACUUGGAUCAAACAUUCCUGACUGGUGUGACAUGAGGAUGACUUCUGCAGUCAUAAUGUGUGACAGAAACUGGAUUAGCAUGCCCACAACAAAAAGGCAUUUUUAAGAGUUCUGGAGAGGACCACAACUUUUGUAGAAGAACAGUAUCGCCACAUAAAGUGCACCUUAGUAGUGACAGUGACAUAAGAGUGAGGUAACACAAAGCUAAAAAAGGUGAGCUGCUCCAAUAUUUGAUUAAACCAACCAACAAACAAAUGAA